CAAAGGAUGGCGAUCAACGUUAAGCUCAACAUACAAGGCAUACAAUAGUUAUGCUGAAAGGAUGAAAAACAAGCCUGAAGAUGUAGACAUCGUCGAGUGGCAUUACAUGGUGUUGUAUUUUGGAUCUGAGAAAUUCCAGAAAAUAAGCAGCCGGAACUCGGAAAACCGUCAGAAACAAAGAACGAAGCAUAUAAUGGGUUCUAGAACUUUUUCCCAAAUAAGCUUUCAACAGAGAGAUCCAGAAACUGGUAUAGAACCAACCGAUCUAUCCCUUUGGAUGAUUACUCAUUGUAAAAAUGAUGAAUGGUCGGAAGAGGCUUCACGUGGCAUUUAUGAGAACGCAGCUGAGAAAAUUGCUGAGAAAAUAUAUCAAACAGAAAAAUUUUAUCUAACAAGAGAAGAGGAAAAUGCUAUUUUCCAAACAACAUUCAAGGAAACAACAGGAUGUAAGGCAAACAGACUUCAUGGUCAUGGGUACCUAUCAAGAUAUCCAACAAGAAGUCAAGUGAUGGAAUCAAAGUUCCUCGAACAAGCUCGUGCCACGGUUGCAACCAACCAAAAAAACAUUGAACUCGAAAGUCAGGUCCAGUUGUUAAAUGAAAAACUUGCGUGUGAGGUUGCAGAACGAGAAAGAAUACUCCAGGAAAAAAUGCAAGCACUGCAAGAAGAAGAAGAAAAAAAAAGACAAGUGCUUAGAGAAGAAAUGAGGCAAGAAAUGGUUGCUGCCCUUGCUGUUGUAGCACAACAGAGCAACCGUGAAAGCACCACUCCAAUCGAUCCUUCUUCCGUUGUCCCUACUAAACCUCCUGAAUUCAUCCCAGCUGAUUCUCCUGCACCUGCACCAAGUAGUGCAAACAACGUUCGUACACCAGACACAAACAAUAAGAAAGACAAUAUGCCAGCAAACUAUAUUAGCUCUUACACUCUAAGGAAUGCUGUGACAAGACGUGUGCAGGCAAGGGGCAACAAAAGAAGCGAAUGUGUACAAUCCGCAAGUGCAAGCGAGAAGCAAGGUAGAUCAACUUAAGAAGCUCUAUCAAAGUGUGUUUAAGG